GUUGACUCAUUCCCGAACAAUUCAUUGCCUGUAAUGAAUCCACCUUCCUAAAGUGAAAGUGUUUCUACCUCAGCCUGGACUCCAUUUUGUGAAACGGUUGGAAAAGUAAAGAAAAAAGGCAGAAACAACGUUAUUAAUGCCACUCAACAAGGACUGUUGACUAAAGGCGUAUAAUCCAUUCCAGCAGAAGAGAUCAGACUCUUCAGGACUCAGCUGUGUGUUUGUGCAAACUUUACUAAUUUUCAAAGAUGGAGACCCUUGAAUUGGACACUGUUUAUGUGUCCCCUCCCUCUAAAAACAGUAAACUCCAGGGAAAGAAAUCAGACUCACCAGCACCUAGCUUUAUCUCCAUGAAGAGUGAUGCAUCUAUGGAUAGUCCUCUAAAGUUUGAAGGGGGAGCAUCCUCACUUCUACACAGUAAACUCCAGGGAAAGAAAUCAGACUCACCAGCACCUAGCUUUAUCUCCACGAAGAGUGAUGCAUCUAUGGAUAGUCCUCUAAAGUUUGAAGGGGGAGCAUCCUCACCUCUACACAGUGUUCUACAGAGAGCCAUAGGCAGCAUAGAAAAGAUCAUCAUCACAGAUACAGGGCAUGAUCCAGAAUCUGCUGCUGUAAAUGAAUUCCAGAAAGAGUUCAAAUUAAAUCUGAUGAAGAAGUUUCAGUGUUUGAAUGGAGUGGUAAUAAACCUCGGAAACCAAACACUCCUGAAUGAGAUCUACACAGAGCUCUACAUCACAGAGGGAGACAGUGGAGAAGUCUGUAAUGAACAUGAGGUGAGACAGAUCGAGGCAGCAUCCAGGAGAACAACAACAGAGGACACACCAAUAAAAUGCAAUGACAUCUUUAAGCCCUUAUCUGAACAAAACAAACCCAUCAGAACUGUGCUGACAAGGGGAGUUGCUGGCAUCGGAAAAACAGUCUCUGUGCAGAAGUUCAUUCUGGACUGGGCUGAAGGGAAAGAAAAUCAGGACGUCCACCUCAUAUUUCCACUUCCUUUCAGAGAGCUAAAUUUGAUGAAGGACCAGAACCUGAGUCUGAUGGAGCUCCUUCAUGUCUGUUUUAAGGAAACAAAAGAAACAGAAAUGUCCAGUUUGGAAAAGGUUCUAUUCAUUUUUGAUGGAUUGGAUGAGUGUCGUUUUUCUCUAGAUUUCCAGAACACAGUGAGAGUGUGUGAUGUAACUGAAUCCGCUUCAGUGCAUGUGCUGCUGAUAAACCUGAUCAAAGGGAAUCUGCUUCCCUCUGCUCUCAUCUGGAUCACCUCCCGACCAGCAGCAGCUGAUCAAAUCCCCUCUGAGUGUGUCCAUCGAGUCACAGAGGUACGAGGGUUCAAUGACCCACAGAAGGAGGAGUACUUUAGGAAGAGAAUCAGUGAUCAGAGCCUGGCCAAUAACAUCAUCACACACCUGAAGUCAUUAAGAAGCCUCUACAUCAUGUGCCACAUCCCAGUCUUCUGCUGGAUUUCAGUUGCUGUUCUAGAGAAAAUGUUGGGUGAAGCAGAGAGUGGAGAGAUCCCCAAGACUCUGACUGAAAUGUACACACACUUCCUCAUCAUUCAGACAAACAUCAUAAGAGAAAAGUACUCAAAGAAGCAGGAGAGUGAUGAAGAAAUGCUUCUUAAACUGGGACAACUGGCUUUUGAGCAGCUGAAAAAAGGCAACCUGAUCUUCUAUGAGGAAGACCUGAGAGAGUGUGGAAUUGAUGUGAGAGAAGCAGCAGUGUACUCAGGUUUGUGUACGCAAAUCUUCAGAGAGGAGUUUGGGCUUCACUCAAGUAAAGUAUACUCUUUUGUUCAUCUGAGCAUUCAGGAGCACCUUGCAGCUCUGUAUGUGCACCUGACAUUUAGGAUGGAAAAGAGAAAUGUUUUUAAAAAGAGUCAGUUCUCAAUAUGGUUCAUGAAAGAAAAGAUCAUAUCAGAUGUACACAAGAGUGCUGUAGAUCUGGCUUUAAAUAGUCAGACUGGACAUCUGGACCUUUUCCUCCGCUUUCUUCUGGGUCUCUCACUGGAGUCCAAUAAGAAACUCUUGCAUGCCUUAGUAGCACAGACAAGAAGUACCUCCCAGAGCAUAAAUUGUACAGUUCAAUACAUUAAGGAGAAGAUCAGUGCAGAUCUUCCUAUAGAGAAAUCCAUUAAUCUGUUCCAUUGUCUGAAUGAACUGGGUGAUAAUUCUCUAGUGGAGGAAAUCCAACGCUACCUUAAAUCUGGAAAACAAAGUGAACUCUCUUCUACACAAUGGUCUGCUCUGGUGUUUGUGUUACUGACAUCAGCACAGGAGCUGGAAGAAUUUGACCUGAGUAAAUAUUUCAGUACAGAUAAGAUAACAGAAGAUGUACUUCUGAAGAUGAUGCCUGUGAUUGCAGCCUCCAGAAAAGCAAUUAUCAGGUGUGAUUCACUUGGAGUGAAAAGUUGGUCAGCUCUGGUCUCAGCUCUCAACUCAGAAACCUUCAAUCUGAGAGAACUGCAUAUGAUUGUGAAAACACUGGAUCUGUCCAAUAAUAAAAUAGGAGAUUCAGGAGUGAAGAGUCUCUGUGCUGUACUGAAGAAUCCUCACUUUAAAGUGGAGACACUGAGGUUGUCUAAUUGUGGUGUCUCAGAUGAAGGCUGGGCUGCUUUGACUUCAGCUCUGAGAUCAAACCCCUCACACCUGAGAGAACUGAAUCUGUCGUGUAACAAUGUCAGAGACUCAGGAGUGAAGAGUCUCUCUGCUGUACUGGAGAAUCCUUAUUGUAAACUGGAGACACUAAGGUUGUGGAAAUGUGGUGUCUCAGAUGAAGGCUGUGCUGCUCUGACUUCAACACUGAGAUCAAACCCCUCACACCUGAGAGACCUGGAUCUGUCCUAUAACAAUGUAGGAGAGUCAGGAGGGAAAAGUCUCUCUGCUGUACUGGAGAAUCCUCAAUGUAAACUGGAGAUACUGAGGCUGUGUGAUUGUUGUCUCUCAGAUGAAGGCUGUGCUGCUCUGACUUCAGAUCUGAGAUCAAACCCCUCACACCUGAGAGAACUGAGUCUGUCUGAAAAUAAUGUAGGAGUCUCAGGAGUGAAGAUUCUCUCUGCUGUACUGGAGAAUCCUCUCUGUAAACUGGAGAUACUGAGGUUGUGGAAAUGUGGUGUGUCAGAUGAAGGCUGUGCUACUCUGACUUCAGCUCUGAGAUCAAACCCCUCACACCUAAGAGAACUGGAUCUGUCCUAUAAUAAUAUAGGAGAUCCAGGAGUGAAGAAUCUCUCUGCUGUGCUGGAGAAUCCUCACUGUAAAGUGGAGACACUAUGGUUGUGGAAAUGUGGUGUCUCAGAUGAAGGCUGUGCUGCUCUGACUUCAGCUCUAAGAUCAAACCCCUCACACCUGAGAGAACUGCAUCUGUCUUAUAAUAAUGUAGGAGACUCAGGAGUGAAGUGUCUUUCUUCUGUACUGGAGAUUCCUCACUGUAAACUGGAGAUACUGUGGUUGUGUAAGUGUGGUGUCUCAGAUGAAGGCUGUUCUGCUCUGACUUCAGCUCUGAGAUCAAACCCCUCAUACCUGAAAGAACUGCAUCUGUCCUCUAAUAAAGUAGGAGACUCAGGAGUGAAGUGUUUCUCUGCUGUACUGGAGAAUCCUCACUGUAAACUGGAGAUACUGAGCUGUGACUCACUUGGAGUGAAAAGUUGGUCAGCUCUGGUCUCAGUGUUCAGCUCAGAAACCCCCAAUCUGAGAGAACUGCAUCUGAAUGUGAAAACACUGAAUCUGUCCUAUACUAAGCUAAGAGAUGCAGAAGUGAAGAGUCUCUGUGCUGGACUGAAGAAUCCUCACUGUAAAGUGGAGAUAUUGAGUAUCAGGUGUGAUUCACUUGGAUUGAAAAGUUGGUCAGCUCUGGACUCAGCGCUCAGCUCAGAAACCUCCAAUUUGAGAGAACUGCAUCUGACUGUGAAAACACUGGAUCUGACUGGGAAUAAACUAGGAAGCUCAGGAGUGAAGAGCCUCUGUGCUGGACUGGAGAAUCCUCACUGUAAAGUGGAGAUAUUGAGUAUCAGGUGUGAUUCACUUGGAUUGAAAAGUUGGUCAGCUCUGGACUCAGCGCUCAGCUCAGAAACCUCCAGUCUGAGAGAACUGCAUCUGUCUGUGAAAACACUGGAUCUGUCUGGGAAUAAACUAGGAGACUCCGGAGUGAAGAGUCUCUGUGCUGGACUGGAGAAUCCUCACUGUAAAGUGGAGGUACUGAGGUUGUGUGAUUGUGGUGUCUCAGAGGAAGGCUGUGCUGCUCUGACUUCAGCUCUGAGAUCAAACCCCGCAUACCUGAGAAAACUGGAACUGUCCUAUAAUAAUGUCGGAGAUUCAGGAGUGAAGAGUCUCUCUGCUGUACUGGAGAAUCCUCAAUGUAAAAUGGAGAAACUGAGGCUGCGUAAGUGUGGUGUCUCAGACGAAGACUGUGCUGCUCUGACUUCAGCUCUGAGAUCAAACCCCUCACACUUGAGAAACCUGGAUCUGUCUUUUAAUAAUAUUGGAGACUCAGGAGUGAAGAGUAUCUCUGCUGUACUGGAGAAUCCUCACUGUAAACUGAAGAUACUGAGGUUGUGGUGUUGUGGUGUCUCAGGUGAAGGCUGUGCUGCUCUGACUUCAGCUCUGAGAUCAAAACCCUCACACCUGAGAGAGCUAGAUCUGUCCUUUAAUUAUGUAGGAGACUCAGGAGUGAAGUGUUUUUCUGCUGUUUUGGAGAAUCCUCACUGUAAACUGGAAACACUAUGGUUGCGUGAUUGUGGUGUCUCAGAUGAAGGCUGUGCUGCUCUGACUUCAGCUCUGAGAUCAAACCCCUCACACCUGAGAGAACUAGAUCUGUCCUUUAAUAAUGUAGGAGACUCAGGAGUGAAGUCUUUUUCUGCUGUAUUGGAGAAUCCUCACUGUAACCUGGAGACACUGAGGUUGCGUAAGUGUGGUGUCUCAGAUGAAGGCUGUACUGCUCUGACUUCAACUCUGAGAUCAAACCCCUCACACCUGAGAGGCCUGGAUCUGUCUAAGAAUAAAAUAGGAGACUCAGUAAAGAAGCUGCUCUCUGCUCUUAUGGAUAAACAUUGCAAACUACAGAUAUUGGUGUGAGUAAUGACAUUUUAUAUAUAUGUUGGAAAAAUAUAGACUAAUAAUUUAACCUCAUCAUUAGAUCCAAGAAAUAUCAGAUUACCAGGUUAGGAAAUAAAACUAGUUUUAGAAAAUUUCACUAUAUUCUAUUUAAUUAGAAUUUUUCCAACAGUUGACUUUAAUACUGUUUUGUGUGCCAAUUUAAAAUUGAUAUGAUGGCAGAAGACUCUACAAAAUGUCACAAAUGAGUGCACGAGAGUGAAUGUAAAUGAACACCUGGUCACCUUGUGACACCCUGCUAUCUCUGACUUCAUACUACUGCAUUUUUCUGAAGAUGAUCUCUGCUUUUCCCCGUUUCUGAUAAGCAGCACACUUUCUUCUCAACUCUCAUAAAAGCAAAUUAAAAUAAUAAUCUUUUAUUCCACAGAUAUUUGAUUUAAGCAACUUUACUCACGCUAACACUUUUUCCAGCACCCUACCUCCUCGCCAUGUCUUCUGUCUUUCCUGUAACAUUCACCUCAGCUUCUUCUUAAAGUCUGCACUUAAAUAUAAAUAUAGAACAAGAGAUAAAUGACACUGUAGUGUUCAUUAUUUUAAAAAGCCUGUGAUUGGAUAAGAGCAGUGAUGUGAUGGGUAAAUAUCUGCUCAUUUUCCUGUUAGAACUUGUGGAAGUUCUCAUUUGUUCAAGCUAAAUGUCAUAACACAGAUGUUAGUAAGAAUGAAGAAAUGUUGAACAAUUAAUUGUAAACAGGAGAUGAUUGUUCUUUUGGAGUAGAGAUGAUUACAUGUUGUUGAACAUGACGUACCACAAUCCAGUUUGUGGUUAUUAAUUCACAUGGAAAUGCAGGAACACUGGAGUCUACAUCUGUACAUGAUGAAGACUCCAGUGUUCCUGCAUUUCCAUGUUGGGGAAUAGAGAACACAUUUAUAAACACAUCUAUAAACACAUCACUCAUUUAGUUAUAACACAUUAAACAGACCCAGAGACAUGAGGUGUGUGUGUUAAUCAUGUACUGUGAAUCAGACGGCACACAAUUCCACACUGAGUGUAUAACAACCUCUGGCCCCUGGAUAAAAUUCCCCGGACCUCAAUCUUAUAAAAAAAACUGAGGGAUUAUUAGGAACAGCAGCUGAAAAUGCACAUGAACUCUAGCUGAACCUAAUCAGUCGAAGAAAGAGCUAAAAUGGCCAGGAACAUUUUCAAGACAUUGGUGGAAUUCUCACCUGACACUAUUGGCAUCUGAGGAGUAUAUGUGAGUAGAUUAUCUCAGGAAGCCUCUAGGAUACUCACUACAAGUCACAUUUAUCACUUUGCCCUUUGUUGAUUAAUGUACCAGUGCUGUUAUACUAAAUAUCAGCACUUCUGGAACACCACUUGUCCAAUCAAAUUAAUGGACCAGAACUACCUGUUGUAUGGCAUUAAUGUUUGUGAUAUUUCUAUGUUUAUUGGAUUAAUAUUUGUUUAAUAUUGUAACAUGUUUUAAUAUCUUUACACAUGCAUAGUAUAACUGUUUCAUUGGAUACAUAAAAUUAUAAGCAAAAUUGUUGUAUUUAAGUACUUACAGUGUCUUUCCUAAUUGUACCAAUAAAAUACAUUUU